CCUGAGGCAUCACAUGGUAGAGUAGGGGCUAGUCUGGCCAAGUUCUGGCUAACUUACUACUAAAGUUCCUUGGCUGGCAACCCCCUGGUCAGUCAGCAGUCAGUGCGGGCCUUUAGGGUUGAGCCAAUCACGGCGCAUCGAAAGCCUCGGGCUUGAGCUGAGUGGUUCAGCCAAUGGCCUUGCAUCCAGUGAGGGCGGCCGCGCGGACGAGGCGUGCCAAUUAAGCCAAUGAGAAUGAGCCCUAGCAGGUGGAGCCCACCCCAUCGUUGCCCGGGACGAUUCCCCCUCGACCAAUAAUGAGCGCAUCCUUGCGGGUUGAUCUGAGCCCGGUGGAUCCCGUCACCUGUUACUGUACGGUAUGGUAUGCAGUCACGCCAAGGGGUGCACAAUCCCUGCGAAACUCUCAGCACUCCCGCGGAAAUGGCGGGCGUCACAAGCGUAUGGCACGGUAAAUACACGGGUCUGGCCAAUGGCAAAUCCUGCUCUCCGCAAUGAUGAAUGGAGGAUCGCAAGGCGCAUCCAAAGAAGCUCCGAUCACACUGACUUCUCGCUCUCUCGUCCGCAUCCGUCAGCUUCUGCUGCUUCUUCUCCUUCCUUUUCUGCUUCUUUCGCGUGGUUCGUUUGGUUCCUCGCUUUCCUCCCACACUUUUCUCCCUUCUCGCUUUCCUUCCCUCCGCUUCUUCUCCUCCACAUCUUAGCCGGUGAUCCCGUGGUUCGCUUCUUCAUUUCGGCUGCGCAUCUUCUCCUUCCUCCGUUUAUCCUCCUUCCAUCCAUCUCUCUCUCUCUACCUUCUUCUUCUUCCCUUCCUCCCUCUCCUGCACGUCGUUCUCACUGUAUCUUGGGUCAAUCCAUCCCAUCUCAUCUUGCUCAUAUCCUUACCUCUUGAUACCCUUCAUCCUUAUAUUCCAUAUCUCCCAUCUCGUACCCUUCCAUUGUCACCUCCUGCCUGCUACCUCCACACCCUUUCGCGCAUCACCUCUCGUCCUCUCCUUUGGUGCCAUACCAUAGCUUAUAUAC